CGGAAAUUCAAAUAGGAAAUUUAAGAAAAAGUAGACUGACGGAGAGCUCUGUUUACGGUUACUACUGUAGUGUGAUAGGUUAUAGUUUUUCAAACGAUCUUUUGUGGAGGACGUCACGUUAACAAAAUUAUGUCACGAAAAAAACACAAUGUAUCAUAUAUCAAACCAAAUGAACCAAAAUUUCUACGAGAACUGAAGGAACAAAUUGGAUAUAAAGAAGGUCCUACUGUUGACACGAAAAGAGAAGUCCUACCAAAAGUAUCCGAUGAUGAAAAGGAAGAGUUGGCUGAUGAGCAACCUGUUGUUGUUGUGUUAAAUUCUGGUGAUUUGACAGCGGAAGAAGCAGAUGCUUUUAAAAAACAGAAAGAAAAAGAAGAAAAUAAUGCCCCAGCUGAUCUAUCUAAGAAGGUCAUAUUUCGCAGGACAAAAGGAGCAGAAACAGAUUCUGAUACAAUUGCCACAGAUAAACCUGUGAAAAAGAAAGCGAAAAGAGAAAAGCAAAAAAUCGUCCUGUCCUUCGAUGCUAAUGACAAUGAUGAGGAACGAUGAUGGAUGGUGUUGAAU